GGAGGGCCUGGGCACCUGCGCGCCCCGGCUUCUUCCGACUUCUUCCGCGGCAGGGAGGGCGGGCGGUUGUCUUGGUGACCGCUCCCUAACGGUCUGGUGGCACCGAGAUAUUUGUUGAGGGUUUGCAACCUGAGCUGCUGACUGAAGACGCCUUCGGUUCCUCCAAGCGUCCGAGAAGAUUGACCCAGAAUAAUAAAAUGUCUCGAAAAAUUCCUAAGGAGUCAAAAAAAGUAAACAUCUCCAGUUCUCUGGAAUCUGAAGAUAUUAGUUUGGAAACAACCAUUCAUACAGAUGAUGUCUCCUCCUCAGAAGAGCGAGAGGGCAAAAUCAAAAUUACCAGGCAGCUAAUUGAAAGAAAAGAAAUACUUCAUAAUAUCCAGUUACUGAAAAUCGAGCUAUCCCAAAAAAAUAUGAUGAUCGACAAUUUGAAAAUGGAUUAUCUUACAAAGAUUGAAGAGCUGGAGGAAAAACUUAAUGAUGCCCUUCACCAGAAGCAGCUGCUAACUUUGAGAUUAGACAAUCAGUUGACUAUUCAACAGAAAGAUGCCAAGAAAUAUCAAGAACUAAUGAAACAAGAAAUGGAUACAAUUUUAUUGAGACAGAAACAACUGGAAGAGACAAAUCAGCAGCUAAGAGACAAAGCUGGAGAUGUUCGUCGAAACCUUCGAGACUUGGAACUGACAGAAGAGCAGUAUGUGAAGCUAAAAUCCUUUUCUGAAGAGCAGCUUUCUAUCCCUGAAUAUGUGUCUGUUCGGCUCUAUGAGCUAGUAAAUCCACUAAGAAAGGAGAUCUCUGAACUACAAGUGAAAAAGAAUGAACUAUCUGAAGAACUGAGUACGAACAAAGGCCAACUGAAGCAGCUGACAGAGUCAUCUGAGCAAGAUCGAAGAAACAACUCUGAACUUCAAAUCCGAUGUCAGCGUUUAGCCUUGGAAUUGGCAGACACCAAGCAGUUGAUUCAGCAAGGUGAUUACCGUCAAGAGAACUACGACAAAAUCAAGAGUGAGCGCGACGCUCUGGAACAGGAAGUACUCGAGGUUAGAAGAAAACAUGAAAUACUUGAAGCUUCUCACAUAGCUCAGGCUAAAGAAAGAAGUGAAUUAUCAAAAGAGGUAACAACCUUGCAGCAGACAGUCACCCUCCUGCAGAAGGAUAAAGAGUACCUCAAUCGCCAAAACAUGGAGCUCAGUGUCCGCUGUGCCCAUGAAGAGGAUCGCCUGGAGAGGCUGCAGGUGCAACUGGAAGAGACCAAAAAGGCUAGAGAAGAUAUGUAUGAAAAAUACGUGUCAUCCAGAGACCAUUAUAAAACAGAAUAUGAAAAUAAACUACAUGAUGAGCUGGAGCAAAUCAAAUUGAAAACUAAUCUGGAAAUUGAUCAGCUUCGAAGUGCCUCUAGGGAGAUGUAUGAACGAGAAAACAGGAAUCUCCGAGAAGCCAGGGAUAAUGCUCUCGCUGAAAAGAGCCGAGCAGUGGCAGCUGAAAAGGAUGCUCUAGAAAAGCAUGAGCAGCUCCUUGAAAGGUACAGGGAGCUCCAGCUUAGUACAGAAAGCAAAGUGGCUGAAUUUCUGCACCAGAGUAAGCUGAAGUCCUUUGAAAGUGAACGUGUUCAACUCCUGCAAGAGGAAACUGCAAGAAACCUCGCACAGUGCCAGUUGGAGUGUGAAAAGUAUCAGAAGAAACUGGAGGUUUUAACUAAGGAAUUUUAUAGUCUCCAAACUUCUUCUGAAAAACGCAUUACUGAACUAGAAGCACAGAACUCCGAGCAUCAGGCAAGGUUAGACAUUUACGAGAAAUUGGAAAAAGAGCUUGACGAAAUAAUAAUGCAAACAGCAGAAAUUGAAAAUGAAGAUGAGGCUGAAAGGAUUCUUUAUUCCUAUGGCUAUGGUGCUAAUGUUCCCACAACGGCUAAAAGACGACUAAAGCAAAGCAAAACCUGUACCAGUCAAUGCCGCCAGCUCUUGCUCCUCAGUGCAUCUGGCUCUAUGGGAACAUCCGACGGCUCUGCUUCUACCACCUCCAACCUGAGCCUCCCGCCAGCUUUGCAAGCCCCCUCCACCAUCAGCAGCAACCUUAUUUGCCUCUUUACUCAAAGUGACAGGAAUAGGACAUCUCCACUGCUUGACAGAGCCAAUUCACUGUUGAACCAGACUCAGCAACCCUACAGAUACCUCAUAGAGUCUGUGCGGCAAAGGGAUUCCAAGAUUGAUUCACUGAUGAAGUGUACAGGUCAACUUGAGAAAGACAUCAGCAAUUUAAAUAAGGAAAAGUCAGCCCUGCUGCAGACGAAGAACCAGAUGGCCUUGGAUUUGGAGCAGCUUCUAAAUCACCGUGAGCCCGUCUCCAUCAGUACAGCCAUCACUCAUGUCCUAGAAUUGUGCCUUCAAGCAACUGUCUCUUCACUGUGGAAGCCUGACUUAUUCAGUGAAUUUGCAGCCAUGAAACAAAUUAUCAUUAAUAUGUGUAGCAAACAUUCUGAGAACAACUUACUCCGCCCUAAAAUGGAAUCAGGGGGUGUCACAGAAGAUCAAGCAUCAAAGAUUUUGAGCAUGCCAAGAGAACAUGAAGAUAAUAUAUUUAUACCCAAGCCAACAUUGUUUACUAAAAAGGAUGCACAAGAAUGGUCCAAGAUUCAAAAAACGAAGGCAUAGUGUUUGGUGCUGGAGAAAGCCAGAGCCUAACCCUCCUAACCCAGCCAAGCCCCUACCUCCAUAUGGCACCCCAGCCAGGCCCCCCUUCUGCAAGGCACCCUCAGCCAGUGUGGCUGUUCUGGGUUAGAAUGGGUCUUUGUCAUCUUGUACUCCAGAAGUGGUGUCUCUGUUAGGGGAGUAAACGUUCAUUUUAAUCAUGUACUUGACAUUUUCAAAUAUCAGUAACUUAAUGUUUAAUGUUAAAUUAACACAUUUCAGUAUAGUCAACACAUAAGUACAAAUAGUCAUAUGCUUUAUAUUUUGGUUUUAUGUAUUUUGUUAUAAAAUAAAUAUCUUGUAUCCUCUGA